UUUGCCAGGUGAGCGGCGGCUGCUCACUGUGUCCCCGGCAGUCGGACGGCCGCCGACAUGUCCGCUCUGCUGAGCAGCCUGCGGGGACCGCAGCUGGUGGCUCACUUUCAGCGGCGGUGUGGGCUCCGUCCGCUCUCGGCAGCCGAUCCGGCGGAGCGACGCUGCCCCGAGGCUGACGGGCGGGCACCAGUCUCCACAGCCGGAUCACCGAGGGAGCGGGGCAAAAGCGAGAGCAACGGCGCGCUGAACGGCGCUGCGAUUCCUCAGAAGAAAUACAAGAUUGAGAAUUAUUUCCUCUACUACCUCUUCCUGUUUGCUGCUACAUUGGGCCAGGAGGUUUUUUACAUCACCUUCCUUCCUUUCUGUUACUGGAAUAUUGACCCACAUGUUGCUCGGAGAGUGAUCAACGUCUGGGCAGUUGUGAUGUACAUUGGGCAGACUUCCAAAGAUGUCUUAAGAUGGCCGAGACCUCCGUCACCUCCAGUAAUCAAGCUUGAAGUGCGGGUGGAUGCAGAAUAUGGCAUGCCUUCCACUCAUGCCAUGGCAGCCACUGCUAUCCCCUUCACCUUCCUCCUGGCCACAAUGAACAGGUACAAGUACCCCUUUGAGCUGGGAUUGCUGUUUGCUCUAACCAUUUGUGUCUUGGUCUCCCUCAGCCGUAUUUACACAGGAAUGCAUACAGUUUUGGAUGUACUCUGUGGAAUUGCAAUCACUGCUCUGCUGGUAACUGUCUCCUACCCUUUCUGGGAUGCCAUUGAGACUUUUCAAAUGAAGAAUUGCUUUGCUCCUGUAUUAGCAUUGACGUUGUCCUUCCUGCUAUCUAUUAACUAUCCUGAGCUGGACCACUGGAGCACAGCGAGGGGUGACACCACUAAUAUAGUCAGUGCAGGUGGAGGAGCUGCUGUGGCCACUUGGAUUAAUUAUCAAUGGGGCCUCAUCCUGGAACCUUUGUCAGCUCCACCCUAUGAGAUGCCUUUGGUGACACCUGAACUCCUUGGCAGGAUGGUUGCCCGAUUUACCAUUGGCAUUGUGAUUGUAUUUUUUGCACGGCAGGCUAUAAAAUCUGUGGCCUUGGCUUUUGUCUGCAAAUUGGCUGGAGUCUCCCCUGGUGACCAGGAAGCCCGGAAGCUCCUAUGGGUGGAAGUUCCCUACAAGUAUAUUACGUAUAGUUGCCUUGGGGUCGUUGGACUUGCACUGUGCCCAGCAGUGCAUAGAUAUUUAUCACUUUGAUCAUGUUACUGAUAUACAUUGCUGCAUGCUAGGAGGCUGUAAGAGCUACUGGUGAAUGUAGUACUGAAGGCUGCACUAAUUAGCCUUUUGGACUUUGGAUUCAACCUGGGUUUAGUCAGAGAUCUGAGGGACAGCAGGUCAAUGCUUGCCAGUGAAGUCCCUCAGUUGACCGAGUUACAAUUUCUCUGGCAGGGAAUGGACAUUCCUCUCUCGUUAUUACCCAAUUUGUUGCUUUUGCAAAUGUGUUUGUACUUGGGAUCCUUGUUUUGCACUCCCUUUCAGGGUGUACAUAGUCAGCAUGGAGUAUACGAACAAUUAGCUUAACUCCAUGCCUUUCAGCUCUUUUAAAGAUGAUAACUCAUUCCCACCCAAGUCAAACUUGGAAUAAUUUUGUUUGCACCACAGUGGGGUUGCUUGCAGCAUUAUCAGUAGAGGUUCCAUCACUGACCAUUCGAUGGCCUGAACGUUAUUGCUCUGGCUGCUGCUCUCCAUUGGAUUUAAUGGGCUUAGUGGUGACAGAUUGGGGGCUGACGAGUUGAUGGUCAUUAGGCAGGAGCUCAUCUCUAAUGCACGUCUGAUCAGAGGCUGGGACACUGAGAAGAGCUGGGAGGUUGUCCUGGCCCUCCUCUCUACAACUGCUUCUGGCCCAUUCAAGUUGAGGUCAAACAGUAACAUUUCUUAAAAGCUUUAUAUUUUUUGGAAUUAUAUUUACAUGUUUCCACAGAUUGGAACUUGACUGAGCCAGGAAAGUGGGAACUUCUGGCACUGAAAGUUCCUGGACACCUAAAUAUCACGCAUACGCGCACACAUACACGCCUGCCCUGUACUCUGGGGGCAUGCAGUAGGAGCCUUUGAGUCCACAGAGAAUUUCAGCGGAAGUGUCCAACAUGAUUCUUCUAAGGUAAAAUUAGAACAGAAAUGCUGGAAUUACUCAGCUGGUCAGGAUCUUUUAACUCGCAGAAAACCAUGAUGUAGGAUUCUUGCAUGUCACAAGGUGGGCUUAGUGAAGAAAUCUUGCAACUAAACCCUAAAUAAACACUGAUGCGCUGAGUUCUGUCACAGUUACUUUGCACUGCAGAAUACAUAGGGAUGAAGAUUACACAAGACAGCAACAUCCACGUGUUCUAUGCAUGGGCCAUGAUGUUAAGGUGCUCCCUUACAAUCUCAUUCUGCUUUUGCCCUGGUGUGGAUGUAAUUACAGGAACACACCUAUACUCUUAGAACCCAGAUGAGGCUAUUAAAUGGAUUCACAUUCUGCUUUGAAGGUACAGUAACUGAAAUACUCUGUUUGAUCUACAGCUAGCUUUACCCUUUACUGGACCUCAACAUUUGAGGGUGCUCCCUCAUGUAGUGAAUUUUAAAUAAAAGAAAAUUCCAUGGACUUCAAACCAGUUCCAGUUAACUCCUAUUACUCGAGUCCAAUUUCCUUCAAACUUGCUCCCUUCAGUCCCUUGGUAGGGAAUCCUGAUGGACUAACCCCCUUCCCCUUGAAGAGGCUAUUGUAUGGAUUCCCAGUUAAUUAACCUCUUCCUAUUUGUGCAUUUUGUUUGAAAUUCCACUGGAUUAAAUCUUUCCCCUUCGUGCAUGUUGUAUGGAAUCACAUUGAAUUAAAUGCUCCCCAUUCACCCUAACCCUAACCCAUUUUAGGUUCAUUGUAUGAAAUAUCUUUCCCUAUUCCUUCCCAAAUUAUAGAAAUACAGUGUUUAAGAUUGAACCCAGUAAUUGUAAAGACUGGGUCUUUCCUUGCUUGGUUAAAUUACAGUGAAGAACAGUUCACAGGAAUGUUUUUGUGUGAUUUUUACUGUAUGUUAUUUUGCUGCAGAAUCAGUAAUAUAUAAAAAUUUGUAAAGAAUGG